AUGAACAAUAUAUUAGCGAGACAGAGGUUUGAAGUGAUUAAUUCUUUAAGGAUAUCACCUCGUUAUUAUGCUUCUGUCGCGUCUCCAAAAUACGUUAAGGUUGGUGCCACUACUACUGCCAAACCUAGAACUACCACAGCUACAUCCAGACCAUCCUAUUCAAAAUCAACUACAUCAGUAGCUAAAGAGUCAAGUGGUAGUGAAGAUGUUGGUUUAAUGGAAGAUGAAGGAUUUGAUGCUAUUGAUGAACCAAGUUCAUCUCCACUUUCCUUACAUGAUGGUCCUACCGUAAUUUCAAAUGCUAAUCCAAACGAUGGACCUAUCGAUUGGUCUGAUUCAUUCUUUGGAUUAGGUUCCAAUCCAUUCCCUCGUGAUGUGGCCGAUGUGUUAUUAGCUCCCUUACCUGUUGAAGAUGUUGAAAUUACUCCUGAUGGAUUAAUUUAUUUACCGGAAAUUAAAUAUAGACGAGUUUUGAAUCGAGCAUUUGGACCAGGAGGUUGGGGUUUAGCUCCACGUACUGAAACUCUUGUGACUCCAAAACAAAUCAGUCGAGAAUAUGCUUUAAUUUGUCAUGGUAGAUUAGUUAGUGUGGCCAGAGGUGAACAAGAUUAUUUUGGAGGAGAAGAGAAAAUCACCACUGCCUUGGAAGGAUGUAAGAGUAAUGCCUUAAUGAGAUGUUGUAAAGAUUUAGGUAUUGCAAGUGAAUUAUGGGAUCCAACUUUUAUUAGAGAAUUUAAAAAGAAAUAUUGUGAUGAUGUAUUUGCUGAACAUAUUGUUACAAAGAGAAAGAAGAAAUUAUGGAAAUUAAAGAAAAAUAAAGCUUUAGAUUAUCCUUAUAAAAUGGUUUAA